AUGGCGGCUCCUAGUCGCCCUCAAUUUUUCUGUACCCGCCCUGACGGGACUUUGACCCCACUGGUAGCUGUUGAUGAGCUUCCCACUAACGUCACCAUCUGUGGUGUCUCUCGCACCCUCAAUGCUGGAGAAACCCAGGGUAUGACCAGCUGUGGCCUGGCUACCCAACGUGCUGAACCUUGGUCCAUCAACGGGGUUACCCAGUCCUCUGGGCGUGCCGUCGGAAAGGAACCUUUGUCAGAUAUGCACAGCCUCUUGCUGAAGAUUCUUACCGAAAACGAUGUCCCCGAUGUCAUGCGGGCAUCGGCGCAGGCCAUUCUCAUGCAGGGAAUCGAGCGCCCUAACGGACUUGGUGGUCAAGGCACUCCUGCCAGUGGACUAUCCCCCAUUGCGCCGACAUUCUAUGCGAAGAAUUCUCACACGGGCAAUAAGCAUGCCGGAAGCUCGAAGAAGGAAUACUGCUCGUACUGGAUUCGUCACGGCGAAUGUGAUUACUCUCAGCAAGGUUGCCUGUACAAGCAUGAAAUGCCCACCGAGUUCCACAUGAUUGAGAAACUUGGUCUCCGCGAUAUUCCCCGCUGGUUCCGCGAGAAGCACAACAUUGCCAGUGUUUUGCACCCGAACCGAGAUCGUUCGCAGCUUACCAUUGCGAAUCAGCCCCCCAUGCGGGCCCUUCCAUCCCCAGCCUCGCCUACCAAUGAGAGUUCCACUAUCCAUGCAACCGCCAAGUUGAACAAGUCCCCUCCUCGUGGACCAGCCAACCGUGGAGGUCACAACGGAUAUGGUCCCCACAAUCAGCACCGAGGUGGAAGCCGCAACGGGGCCCCGAAUGGACAUCAUGGCAACAACUGGAAGGGUACCCAUCGCGGUGGUCGUAACCGAAACAUGGGCAAUGUUCAUCAUGGCGUUAGCAACGAGCGUGACAGCGAGCACAGCAGCGAGUAUUCCCCCGGCAUGGAAUCCGUCCCAGCUUCCUACAAUUAUGGAGCUCAUGGAUAUGGCGGUAACCAAGUUUGCAACCCGACCUCCCCGGCCGCUGUUCCGGCCUCAGUCCCAGUUGCCGUGUCGACUACUGGCCAUGUUGCUGUUCCCAUGGCUCCCAACCAGUCUCUUCUGGAUGACGGUAACUCCCUCAACCGGAAUGCAUACUGGAAGCUCAGCGAGCUGACCGAUUGUAAUCAAGAUAUGUUCGAAGAUGCCUCGCACAAGCCGGUUGAACUUCAUCACCGCGUCCAGCCCCGUCACAUGUACCAGUACAGCUCGAACCCUUCUUCUGAUGGCGGUGUCAUGCUCCCCAAGGAGCCCGCUGUGACCUACGAUUCGAACUUCGGUGCCUUCGCUCGCGUUGAUGUUCCUUCUCGGAACCAGUCCGACUCCAACAGCUCUCAUGGUACCGUUCAGAUGAAUUAUGGACCUUCCACUCCCCAGAUUGGGGAUCUUCAGCUCACCGACAACGUGCCUCUGAACUCGACCGAGACCCGUGUCACUUGGGGUCCCAUUGGAGGUCCCAUCCUGAAGCGCACUUCGCCUCCUGCGGAGAACAUUGCGCACAUGUUUGGAUCUUACUCCAACCACCCUCACAGCAGCUAA